AGAGAGCCAAUGGCAGCUUCCGCAACCGCGGCUGUGUUCUCCGGUCUAUGCUUCCGCCGCGGAGCAUCUGACUCCUCCAAGAGCUUGUCUUCCAAAACCCAAGCAGUUUCCGAUGUUGGGUUCGUCACCAGUCAGCUCAGUGGCCUCAAAAUAUCCUACGACAUGUCGUCUCAGCUCCCCACUCCAAUCUUCACUCCCUCCCUCCCUGGCCUUCAGCCCAUUGUUGCUCGGAGGAUUUGUCCUUUUACUGGGAAGAAAGCAAACAAGGCGAACAAGAUUUCGUUCUCGGCCCACAAGACCAAGAAGUUGCAGUUUGUGAACCUGCAGUACAAGAGGAUUUGGUGGGAAGGUGGGAAGCGGUUUUUGAAGCUGCGGUUGUCGACCAAAGCAAUCAAGACCAUUGAGAAGAAUGGGCUGGAAGCUGUUGCCAAGAAGGCUGGGAUAGAUCUUCGCAAGUGUUGAUAGCACUCGGUUCGUUAGAUUCUUUUGCAAGGUAUUUCUGUUUCUUAAUCACUAUGUUUAUUCUGUUCUACCGAGUGCAUUGUGUUUUUAAAUGUUUCAUAAGUCUGUGAAUCUUCGAUUCUUACAAUCAGUAUGUAUGUAUGAUGAAUGAGUCUGAGAAAUAUUGUGCUA